CAUCAGACUUCUCAAAGCCAUAUGUGAGAUGUUCUGGGCUCUAUUUUGUAGAUUUCGAUUACACUGAAGUAAUAUAGAAAAUUCCUAUCAAAUAUAUUGGCUUAUAAUUUGUUAUAUAUUUCACUGCAUUCAAUACCAAAUGACUAUUGAUACUCACACACAAUUCAAUAGUUAAAACUUAUCCAUUGAUCUAGGCCUGAAGAGAACGUUUUGAUUUAACCAACCGCUCCCAAUGAUGGAUUCGAUGUACAUAACUUUAUAGAUAACGACAAUGUCUAUUACUAAAAGAUAAACUUCACCUCUUUACUAAAGGUGAGAGACAAGCAUGAAAUUCUAUGUGCUUUUUGUUUUACUUAAACUUGUCGCCUGCCUUCGCGCCUCGCCUUUGGGAAAACGACUCAGAUAGUUUGGACGCAGAUAUGAGCAUCAAGUCUCAUCUACAGAUGUCUGUUUACAGACACGCAAUCACAAGGGUGUGGUACUGUUGAUGUCAACGUCAGCGAUCUUCAGGUCGGAAAGUCGGAGCUCUAGAAAUAGUUGGAAUACCGAGUUGGAUAACCGUUCAAAUAGAUUUUUCCCAGUCGGAGCAGUUUUUACCCCCCGAGAACCCAGUUGUUUGGAACGCACUUGAGUCGGGAAGUAGGAGCUUUUUGAUUACCCAGUUGUUCUGAACGCAACAUCAGUCCACUUUCCUCUCACCCCCCAACAAGUGUGUUUUUCAUCCUAACAAGAGCCAGUUUCUACGCAACUUGGCCAUACUUGGCAUCCUGGGAGUGGCGGUUAUUUCAAUAUGGCGGCAGCAAAGGAUGGAAAUAACAACUCAGGAUUUUGGGGGACUAAUGACACCUUACCAGCUAGCUGGCUAUAAAGUUAUCAACACACGCCAGGAAUUUGAUGAACCCACUUCAGUAGCUUGCAACAUCAACAUGGUGCUUUUUUUUAUUGAAGUGAGGGUCUUGUUAGAGACCAAAUAUAUUUUCAUAAUUAAAUUCACACAGCAUCAGAUGAAGACCAACCUGUGGUGUUAAUUCCGGGAGUCAGCAGAGAGGGACACUUGCGGACAGCCUUUAAGUCAGAAUCAGGCACCAGCAGCAGUGAGAGAAAGGUGAAGAUGAGGGCCAAUUAUAGUAGUGAGAUCCGAAGACAGGCUCCAAUGAGCCGGGGCAAUAAGAAGCAAGGCCAGCGUCUUUCCCUGUCCUCGAUGGGUAGAGGGCAGCUCCAGGCCACCCCUGCACCUACAGUCCCACCCCCCAACCCAGCCACCCAGCAGCAUCUCCUCACCACUCCACAGGCGAUCUCUGAAGUGACCCAGGCUACGAACAGGACCUCUCUGAAGGACCUCUGUCCCCAGGAUAAGCGGCGCAUCGCCAACCUCAUCCAGGAGCUGGCCAGAGUGAGUGAAGAGAAGGAGUCGUCGGUACAGAGGCUGAGGGACGAACAGGAGACCUUUGAGCGCAAAAUCCUACAGCUUGAGCAGCAGAACCAGCUCAUUGUACAGGAGAGAGAGAGCCUACAGCAGCAGUAUCGGGAGUGUCAGGAGCUGCUUGGGCUCUACCAGCAGUACCUCUCUCAACAGCAGGAGAAACUCAACCAGUCCAUUGCCCAGCUCAGCCACAUCCGCAGCUCCCACUAUAACUCCCAAAGCAAGGCCCCCAGCAGUGAGGGAGCCUUCACCAAGCUUAGCAGGGGAGAGAGGACCACCGCCUUGGACGGCUCCUACCUAGACCUGCCCACUCUUGGAGGAACGGGGACAAACAGAGGAGGAAGAGAGCGAAAUGGUGGAGGAAGAGGAGCGGGAGGAAGAGUCCCAUCCCUGAGUCCUGCCUCUCUCUCGGACGACCUUCACUCAGACACCCCCCCUCCCUAUUCCUCCAGCGACCAAUCCCAGGGACCAAUGAAACCACUGGGCUGCCGAGGAGGGGCCCAUAGCGAGCUUCGUCUAGCGUCUCAGCGCAGCAGACAGGAAAGUCUGGUCAACGGGAGGUUCCCCCAUAGGGGGGCCACAGAAGCCCCUCUACUGGGCAACACCAGCCCGCUGCUCCACAACGGCCCUGGUGAACUACUCAAAGACAGCAGAGGUCUACUUGGACCUGGAGGGUUACUACCCGGAGAAGAUCCAUCGGGGGAGCGAGUAGAGGCAGAGGGGGCCCUCACAGCACCCCUCCUGGGCCCGGAGGACUGGGAGGAGAGGAGGCACCAGCUGUUCCUGCAGAAGCUGCAGCUGGAGGUGGAGAGAGAGCGGCUGCAGGCACGGCUGGCCCAGCAGGAGGAGCGUCUGAUCAGACAGAACCAGCAUCUCCGACACACACGCCUAGACUACAGCAGGUUCCAGCAAGCCACUUUAGACCAACUCAGCCACUCAAUGUCCAGAAAUGGGACCGAUCCUUUACCCAACAGCCGUGCACUACUCCGUGAGAUGUGUGACGAUGCAGAGGACUUGGCAGCGGAGCAAGAAGUACCUCCACACAAAGACAAUACUGCACACAUCCCCCUGCAAAACUCCAUACACUCCCCUGAGCCCUGUCAUAACAAGUCCAGGAGGGAUAUAGCCACCUCUCCUGUGAUGCCCCAGAGCAUUCUCAAAGCCACCCCAGCACCGGUGAUGUCCCCCACUCUACCUAGGACCCCCCACACUAGGCUGGACUCCUCAUUGAUUGAGUUGUUGGAGGUCUUCAGUCCCAUCUCUCUGCCCGAGCGAAACGGCCCCUCCGCCUAUCGAGGCAACCCUAUCCGAUGCCAGCCCCCCCUCAGUGUCCCCAAACCAGCCCGCCAAGCUCUCCUCUCCCACCCUGGCCCUUACCGGACCCCCCAACAGGACCUGGAUGAGAGCCAGAUACUUGAAGAGAUUUUCUUCAUCUGCUGAUUCGGGGGUCCGGAGGUAGUUACCCUGAGUGGGGCAAAAUUACAAUUCUUAAUAAUUUACUUGAUAUUUACCAUUGGCUCCUAAAUUGAGUUCAGUGCCUUCUGAUUGUUUUGGUUUGAAAUGUCCAAAUAGACAAUCAUGAUUUGGGUAAUUGUACGAUUGUAUUUUUAUAAUGCAAUUGUUUUUAUAUUGAUUGUUUUUUAUAUUAAAUGUAAAUAAAUGUAAAGCAUUUUG